UGAAGCGUUGCGUGCGGUUGUCUCUCUCCACACUCUAAUAAAACAAUUACAAGUACAUCAGACAUAUUUCAUUCUCGCUCAACUGGCAGGCGCCGCUGAUUCGUUUGUGUUGCUAGCAUCGUAAAUAUAUAUAGUGUAUAUAUAUAUACACGUCCACAAGCUUUACUUCUCCCGUCGAUUAACAGCCGAGCCAAGCCUACUGCGAAAUGUUUGUGCUGCGCACGUUGCUGCUGGUGGCAGUGAGCGCCACUGUGGCGCUGGCCCAGCGUCGUCUGGCGCUGCCCGAUCCGCGCAGCUGCGCCAAUCGUGUGCGACAUGCCACCUAUCGCGAUGCCCGAGGCGUCUCGCACUCAUACUUCUUCAGCUGGGAGCAUGCGCCGACGCGCAGCCUGGAGGUGGACUGGCUGGAUGCGCGCAACAUUUGCCGGCGGCACUGCAUGGACGCCGUUUCGCUCGAGACGCCCCAGGAGAAUGACUUUGUGAAGCAGCGCAUUGCGCGCGGCAAUGUGCGCUACAUCUGGACCUCGGGCAGAAAGUGCAACUUCGCUGGCUGCGACAGGCCCGAUCUGCAGCCGCCCAAUGAGAACGGCUGGUUCUGGUCCGGCUCGGGCGCCAAGAUUGGCCCCACCUCGCAGCGCAACACCGGCGACUGGUCGUCAACGGGUGGCUACAAUCAGCCACAGCCGGACAAUCGUGAGGCGGCCCAGGGCAACGACGAGAGCUGCCUGUCCAUUCUGAACAACUUCUACAACGAUGGCAUCAAGUGGCACGAUGUCGCCUGCCAUCACAUCAAGCCCUUCGUCUGCGAGGACUCCGACGAGCUGCUCAACUUUGUGCGCUCCCGAAAUCCCAAUGUGCGUUUGUAAUUCUAAAAUGUAAAACUUAAAUUAAGCCUACAAGGAAA